GGGGGUGGGCUGCGCGUGCGGAGCCCCCCGGAGCCGAGCAGGACGGACGCGUUACGCAGACUUUGGAGGGAACCUGAGGACGCGUUUGUGGAGCCGCGCGUCUCCGGACGGCGACACGAGCGGCCGGUCUCUCCAAAGUCCUGGCAGAGGAAGUAGUUUUGAUGAGGACUGACCCAAUUCCCCCAGCUGCAUUCACACCCAGCUCCAAGUUUGUUCUCGCAGUUACGCAGCGGCGUCUGGGAAGACAUGAGGAGACUUGCGCGCGGCUGAAAGCUCCAAGAAGAAGAAGAAGAAGAAGAAGAAGAAGCCCCCUCCCCUAUCCUCACAUGCCAGUCUGUCCGACUCUGGGACCGGUAUCGCCGCUCGACUCCGUCCGCAGACCGACAGAGGGAGGGGGACUCCGAUGGAAAGCCAUGCGGCAGUUUGAACCCAUGGCGACAUGGCACAUAGGCUCCUCUCCUCGGCGAACAGAUUCAGCGCCAGGUUCGCCUUCUUCUUCACCGUGUCGCUCUCCUGCACCUACUUAUGCUACAGUAUCCUCUUCUGCCGGGGCACAGUCAUGACGAACCAGGCUUACGAGGGGAAACGAUGCCCCCCGAGCAAGAACGCCGGGGGGAAGAAACUUCUGGGGAGGCUGGAUCACUGCGCGUCUCUGGGAGUCCGCGCCGCUGCGCAGGAGUCUGCAGCCGCCCAGAGGGGGGCAAGUGAGCUCCGGGAGCAAACCAGAGCCCCCCUCCCGUCUGCCGGACACUCCGCCGACGCGAGGAUGAGAAAUAUGAGUUUUGCACAGAAGUACGGGAACAAGAAGCUUCCCAACGCGCUGAUCGUCGGCGUGAAGAAAGGGGGCACGCGGGCGGUGCUGGAGUUCAUCCGGAUACAUCCAGAUGUGCGCGCGCUCGGAACUGAGCCGCACUUUUUUGACAGAAACUAUGACAGAGGGCUGGACUGGUACAGGGCCCUCAUGCCACGAACGCUGGACAGCCAGAUCACGCUGGAGAAGACGCCCAGCUACUUCGUCACCAGAGAGGCUCCCAGGCGCAUCGCCGGCAUGUCCCACGAGACCAAGCUGAUCGUGGUGGUGCGCAACCCGGUCACCAGAGCCAUCUCCGACUACACGCAGACGCUCUCCAAGAAGCCCGACAUCCCCACCUUCGAGGAGCUGGCCUUCAAGAACAGGAGCCUGGGCGUGGUCGACACGUCGUGGAACGCCAUCCGGAUCGGGAUGUACAUCCUGCACCUGGAGAACUGGCUGCAGUACUUCCGCCCGUCGCAGAUGCACUUCGUGAGCGGCGAGCGGCUGAUCACGGAUCCGGCGGGGGAGAUGGGCCGCGUUCAGGACUUCCUGGGGCUGAAACGGAUAAUCACGGACAAGCACUUCUACUUCAACCGGACCAAAGGCUUCCCCUGUCUGAAGAAACCGGAGAGCAGCAGCCAGCCGCGGUGCCUCGGCAAAUCCAAGGGCAGGACUCACGUGCAGAUCGAGCAGGAGGUCAUAGAGCAGCUGCAGGAGUUUUAUAGGCCAUUUAACGUCAAAUUCUACGAGACUGUAGGACAAGACUUCAAGUGGGACUGAAUGUGCCACAUAAGGAUGGCUGCCUCG